AUGGAUAGAUCUAGCUGCAGCCACUAUGGUUGCGUAGCUCGACAGAACUUGCACGAGGUUUCGGAGUUGGGAGUUGUCAGGCAGCAGCCACUGGCGGGUCCAUCACGGCCGCGGUCUUCCGCUUCCAGUCCAGCACAUGCUCGCUCUCAUCCCGUCCACUCCCCUUUGGAAGUGUCGUCUGGAUCCUCAUCGUCGAUCUACAAGCGAACCGCGGACUAUGCACGAUCUUUGCAGUGGACAAAGGAGGAGACGGACGAGUUUCUGCUGGCGAAUCGCACGGUCGUGACGGCUGGUACAGCGUCGCUCGUUUCGACGGCGGCCUCGUUCCCAUUCGACUCUGUCAAGUCGCGGUUGCAGGUGCGCGACUACCCGUCCAUAUGGGCGUGUGCCAAGUCGGUCGUACGCGAAGAAGGCGUGCGAGGCUUCUUCCGCGGAGUCACCAUCCCGUUGGUCACCAUCUCGUUCGUUCGAACUUCGUCGUUCUCGAUCUACUACAACACCAAGAAGCGCCUGCACAGAAACAACGUCUUUAGCGACUCAUCGCGGUUGUUGCAUACAGCGCUGUCGGGCGCUGCAGGAGGCGCAACGAGUGGUGUCAUCAUCUCGUGUGGUUCGGCGCCGUUCGAGUUGGUCAAAGUGCAACGACAGCUCGAAUAUCUCAUUGCGGUGCAGAAAGGGUUGGUGAAGAAGAGCACAUCCGGCGGGGCAGGCGGACGCACCUUCGUCCCGCAAUCUGGCUUCCAAGCUGCCGCCAACAUUUAUCGCAACUUCGGUGGCAUCAAGGGCUUCUACCUCGGCUUCCCCCUGCACAUGGCCAGGGACACCUUCGGUACCGCCCUCUACUUUGGAUUCUACGACUCGAUCCGCAAACUUGUCUCGCGUCACUCUACCACGGAUGGCAUCUCCGGCCCGAGUCUGUACGGUAUCCCCGGCCCCGUGGUGUCUUUCUUAUCCGGCUCGUCCGCGGGCAUCUUAUCGUGGUUGAUUGUGUAUCCUGUCGAUCUGAUCAAGACCAAAGUGCAGAGGGAUGCACUGGCGGGCAAUCCGAGACAGUUUACGGGCUGGCAGGUGUUUUUGCAUAUGAUCAAGGAGAGGCCGCCAAUACAGCAGCAUCCUGGGGUGCGGGGUCAGGGCAUGCUACCAAAGACGGAUACGGUCUUGGCCAGAUUCUUGCGGUUGUACCGCGGAUUGGGCGUCUCCGCCCUGCGCAGCUUUAUCUCCCAUGGUCUUACAUGGACCCUCAUCGAGACCAUCUCGGGCAAGAUCACCGAGCGUACGGGGCAAUCCAUCUCGUACGCUCCCGACGCUCGGCGCCAGGAUUGA